GGAAAAGGCGGAAGGAAAAUGGCGGCGCUGGCUUCGGAGCUCUUGCUCCUCAGCGACUCAAGCCGCUUCCGCGCGGAUAACCUGCUGAGCAGCGAGGACUGGGAUGCAGGUCUCUACAGUUGUCUGGAAGAUGAUAGAGAUGUGGCAGCUGAGCUUUUCCCCUGCCUUGAGCGCAGCAUUGUGGAUGGUGGCUGUGUCCAUUCGAUGCAGUUCAGUGAUGGGUUUGACCUGGACAUGGAAACAACGCCCCCAGACCCACCAUGGGAUCCAUUGCAAGACUCCCUCUUCCCUGAGCUACAUGUGAAGUCUGAGCCGGUCUCUCCUGCCUCAUCUCAUUGCUCUGAUUCAUCGGCAGUGUCCUCUGAUUCAUCGGCAGUGUCCUCUUCCUCCACUGAUCUCCCAGGGCAGGCCCCCAGCCCAGCUGAUGUGAUCGGGGUGAAGACGGAGCACCCCCCAACCCCUCCGUGCCUGUUUGGAGAUGUCCUUUCGCCCCCCUUCGGCACUGUGCACAUCAGUGUAGUCCCAGCUCCUGAGACAGGGAAACCAGCAGCUUCCAGCAAAGCAGAGAGCAUUCUCAGUCGGAAGCCCCCUAUUCAACCAAAGCCAGUUGUGGUAACCACUGUCCCAGUGCAGCCCGCAACCACGUCCAGUCAGACCAUCUUAUUGCAGCCUGUACCUGUAACCCAAUCACAGACGAUCAACUCAGGAAUUUCAGCACAGGGUGUUGUGAUUUCUCAGUCUGAACUCCUGCAUCUCCCCGUGUCUGGGCUGAUCAAGGUUCAGUCGCCUGUGAAGGAAAGUCUCCCAGCAAAACCAUCUCCCUCUGCGCCCAAACCGGAAGCCAAAACCAUUGUCCCUGCACCAACGCAAAUAGGAUCUUGCAACCAAGAGAUCGAUAUCAAGGUGCUGAAAAGGCAACAGCGGAUGAUUAAGAACCGUGAGUCAGCCUGCCAGUCGCGGCGAAAAAAGAAAGAAUACCUGCAAGGCUUGGAGUCUCGGCUGAGAGAGGCCCUGACAGAAAAUGAGCGGCUGCGGCGGGAGAAUGCUCUCCUCCGACGCCGUCUGGACGGUGUCUUGAGUGAGAACAGCGAGCUGAAGUUUGGUUCUGGGAACCGGAAAGUCAUCUGCGUCAUGGUCGUGCUGCUCUUCAUAGCCUUCAAUUUUGGGCCUGUCAGCAUCAGUGAGCGCAAGGCAGCAGACGUGGACCUGCCGAAACAGGAAGUGGACUCUGGCCCAGGUCACAGGCACCUUCUAAGCAUUCCGGAGGAAUCUCAUGAAAUUCCAGAGGAGGAGCAGGAGGAGCGGCUGGAAGAGGCGCCAGCCAGGCCAGGAAAGGCACAGUUUCGGAACCUGUCGGCUCCCUUCUCUGACAUGAAGGACCUUAUGCUGAGGGACUUGGACAAGCUGUUCCUCGCUUCAGACUGCCGCCAGUUCAACCGCACUGAAUCGCUUCGACUGGCGGAUGAGCUCAGUGGUUGGGUCCGACGGCACCAGAUCAACCGCAAGAAGCCCUCACAAUCUCGCAAGGCAGCACAGGCCAGCCAGGACAGCAAACCCAAAAGGAAGCCUCCCAGCCCCUCCCGCUAUGUGCCUGCCAGCACCCCCCGACAUACUGAGAGGGAUUCCCUGAGUCAGCUACAGGUAUAUCGGCAUCCUGACCACAAAGAGCAUGAUUUCAUGGACGCCAUUGAUAGGAGAGAGGAUACCUUCUACGUGGUGUCCUUCCGCAGGGAUCACUUGCUACUGCCUGCCAUCAGCCACAACAAAACCUCUCGCCCUAAAAUGUCACUGGUGAUGCCAGCCAUGGCCCUCAAUGAGAGCCUGUACAAUUCCUCCCUGGGCUAUGAGGUGAUGAUGCAGAUAGACUGUGAGGUAAUGGACACCCGCGUCAUCCACAUCAAGAGCUCAACGGUACCCCCCUUCCUCAGACGCCAAGACGCCACCCCCGACAACCGCACCCAGCCUUCCCCUCAGGCCUUUUCCGGAAGAGCAACUCGUGCUGCUUUGCGGCCCCAUCGGCCCACCUUCUCCUCGGGAAAGCGGCACCCGUCCUCCCGCACCUUAUACCUUGGGGAGCAUGGCGGAGGCUAGCCUGACUCUCUGGGAGGGUAGAGAGUGCUCCCGCUACGCUGGGAUGGGACGUGGUCCUGGGAACAGCCCUCCUCCCGCCAGGGAGAUGGACACACCCCUUCAGUGGAACCCUGCCUGUGUGAGGAUUGGACAAACCACUUCUGCUCGCUAGCGCCCAAUCGGUGGGAUGACUGGGCCGAUCUCAGAGACGUUACCUGCCCCCCCCUCAUCGCCCCUUUCUUGGGAAAUUCCUUAUCUAAUCUCACUGCUGCCAACAGGUUGGGUCAGUAGGGAUUGUCUCCUGCAGUUGGGGGGCGGGCGGUGUGGCCCCUGCCUUCCUCAGCCGCCAGAUCUCCAUGCCUCAGCACUGUCCUAAAGAGAUGUUUUGCCUGUCUCUACUGUCCCCUGGUGGCUGAGACAAAGCUGUGCAUUUGAGGAAAUAAGGGAGCAAAUAAGGGAGAGAGGUGAAGGGUGUCUUAAAACUGCUGUCUGCAAUCUAGAGGGGAGAGUGUGAGAGGGAGAGAAGAUAGUUCUCUUUUCUACAAAGGGGUGUGUGUGUGUGCGUGUGUGUGUAUGUAUGUGUGCGUGUGCGCCACCUUCCGAAUUUUGAUGGCACUUAGACCUGCCCCUUUGGGUCCUUCGUUGUGUGUUUCCCCCCUAAAUUGUGUUUUAUAAAAAAAAUAAAUAGCUACAAAUAAACCUAA